CAGCCAUGUCGAGGUUGUGAUGUAUCAUACUGCGAAGACUGCAUCAGGAACAUGUUCUUGCAAGCCACUCGAGAUUCGACUUCAAUGCCGCCUAGAUGUUGCUUCAUCUUUUCAACCAUGGUUGCUCUUGAAUUUCUUACCACCGCUGAAGCUGAUGCAUAUCGCCUCAAGUUCGAGGAAUGGGUUUCAACCAAGAAGACCUACUGCCCCGUCCCGAAAUGUUCCCGCUUCAUCCCAGAUCGUGCAAUCAAAGGUCGGGUCAGCGCCAAGUUCGCGACUUUACCUGCUACUGCUUGCUUUUCUUGUCCAGAGUGUCACAUUGGUAUAUGUCCCAGCUGUAAACAGGUUGCUCAUUCUGGAAAACCUUGUGAUAACACGGCUCAAGACCACGAGAUCGCAAUGCUCGAGACUUAUGGCUACAACAAAUGUCCUCGUUGCGGCCACGGUGUGAAGAGGAUGUACGGCUGUCGCCACAUGCAGUGUCGUUGUGGUGCUCAUUGGUGUUGGGGGUGUCUUCGUUCUUUCGAGGAGUGCGACGGAGGUUGUGACUACCCUGGCUCCGAAAGCGAAGAUGGCUAUGACACAGGAGAAGCACGCUCUGGCUCUUCUGUUGAGCCGCCAGUCAACCUUGAUGCCGGUGGUCGUGUUGUUUGGGAGGCUGCGGGUGCUGAUUUCGGGGGCGAGCCUGACGAGGAAAUUCACGAUCCAAUCUGGUCAUGCUCGCAUAUCUUCAAU